AUGACCACCACCAUCACCUCACAAGGAACCCUCCACCUGGAUUGUAUAGCCUCAGACCCGAGCUCCAGCUACCUCUACGGUAUCGCCAGCGCCAACACCGGCACUCCUUCCUACACCACGGACUCGACAAUAGUCCUCGUCAGAUCCAACUACAACCCCACCAGCCUCGCCACCAUCACCUGGACCAUUAUCUCAACAACAGAAGGCAAACAGUUCUCGUACAACUACUUGACCUUUACCUCUGUCGACUGUGCAGCAAACGAUAAGGGUCACUUUGCAGCAUUCUUCCGGUCCCCCUAUCGAACAGCCUCGCCCUUCAGAUUGCUACCCAUGGGUGUUCGGUACGACCCUACGGCGAAGGAGAGGGAGGAGGGGGCAUGGUCGCCUAUUUGGGGGUCGGUGAUGUAUGGAUGGAAUGUGGAUCGGUUUGUGCAUAGGUCGUUCUAUCAGGGAGACGAACUUGUCCAUAUGUUGACAGGUGAUACUGUGGAUAGCUUGCAGUUGGGUCGCGUGGAUUAUGCGACCAAUAUGCUCCAACUCGGUAGCAUUCAAACUCGACAACAAGUCGACGUAUUCCUACUCUCCUACUCAUUCGACAACAUGGUCUGGAUCCAGGAUUUCGACUACACUCAGCAAGGGUUCUUCCCGGACUACACUGGCUUUGUCCCCCAAAAGGUGGCUCUCCACAACGGGACCUUUUAUGUCACCAACUCUGAGGACCAGAACGUGACAUGCGUUUACCAGGGAGUGGGGAGACGGAUCGAGGAGGUUCGAGGCGGACUCUAUAGCAAGAUGGAGUGGGCGUUGGGGGAUUAUCAUGUUUUCGCGGGCUUGCGACAGGGACUGACGUUCUUUGGAGGUAUUUACAAGGAGGACUAUCGGGACGGCACGCCUACAAGGUACAGGAUAUACACUUCUGACGUAACACAAGCAUACAUCGAACACAACCUGACAUGGACCAACCCUCCUUCAACAUUCUCCAUCCAGGAAAGCUUCCAAUCCGUUGGAGGACUGACACCUGGCCAAGAACCCUUCAUCGUUGCACUCACAACUACGGGACUUUACGAGUUUACGGCGUUUGGACCCUCUGCAGGCGCUAUGUCUGGGCCCUUUCAGGUCAUGGUUCUUGCUUCGACUGCUGAAGGCGUAUAUUACAACAGCUUACCGCAACGGAUAGUAACGAAGAUGAACACGCCACGGUGGACGGAUAAGGAUGCGUUGGCUGAUGAGCGGGAUACGAGGCGGGAUAGGAUUGUGGGCGGUAGUGUUUCUGCGGCGGUUGUGAUAGCGUUUCUUGGAUAUUUGGUGUGGAGGAAAUGGAGGUUCAGGAAGCGGCGACAGGUCAGGAGGAAGAAACAAGCGGAGACAGCGGCGGCGAUGACGGCGAUGAUGUUAGGAGGAGGAGCGGCUCCUUUUUCGCCAGCACAGAAUCCGACGGCGCCACCUUUGAUGCUGUCCGAGAAGCAUGAGGUCUACAGCUCUGGAAUGAUCUUCGAAGAGACCAAGAAGCUAGAAGAUGAGGAAGAGGACUCAUCCUCAAACGACAUGCCAAACAGUGCAGGACGAAGUAGCGGCAGGAUGAAACGGAGUGCCAGGCAUUCAGGAUCGGUAUCGAAACGACCAGGGAUUCUGGCGGAUGAGGGUAGGUUGCCAAGUUACACGUACCAGGACCAGAUCGAGGAGCUGGACUUCUCGAGUCACCCACGUCCCAAUGUUGUUACCACUAUCGGCGAUCAAGUAGCUCCCUAG